AGUAACGUCAAACAUAUGGAUUAUUUAUGGUAUUGUGUUGCUGCCGCAGUUAAAUAUUUUCUGUGAUUAUUUUUAAUGUUUUUUGAUAAUUGUUUUUAAGUUAUACAAUGAUGAUGGAGGGUUCACUAAGUAAAUGGACAAAUGUUAUGAAAGGGUGGCAAUAUCGGUGGUUUGUUUUGGACGAGAAUGCUGGGCUCCUGUCUUAUUACACGUCAAAAGAAAAGAUGACACGCGGUGUGAGAAGAGGCUGCGUGCGGUUGCGUGCUGCCGUCAUCGGCAUUGAUGAUGAAGAUGAUUCUACAUUCACAAUCACCGUUGACCACAAGACGUUUCACUUCCAGGCACGCGAUGGCAGUGAGCGUGAGAGGUGGGUGCGUGCGUUGGAGGAGACGAUAGCACGUCACGGGCGACGGGAGCGGUGGGCGCGCUGUGUGCCCGCGCCCGCGCGACGACACGACGACCUCGAGCGACGUGUGGCUGAAGCGGACGCUUACCUGCAGAUCAUGAUUGAACUAGUCACGAAAAUGGGCAUCCGUGUAUCGGAGCUCGCGGACCCCCAGGAGAAGAGCAAGGGUCAAGUAAUUUUAGAUCACUCCAACGCAAUGUUGGACAAUAUAAAACAUUCCAUAGUACUUCUUCAAAUAGCUAAGAAUACCGUGAAUCCUGUGAACGGGGUGUACCAGGGACCAACAAAUACAUCUCAAAUGCAUAACAAAGAAGGCGAGGACCUGUCCCCGCGAGUGGAGCUGGGCGCGGAGUGCCGCGAGCUGGCCACGCCCUCGCUGCCGCUGACGCCACUGGAACACAUCGACGCUCCCAGACAAGCGAUGUCUCUCCUGGUUCCUGAUACCUCGUACUCCUCGUCGGAAGGUGAAGACGACUUCUAUGACGCUGAUGAUGAGCCGGCCGAGCUGCUGCCCGCGCCGAGUGUGUCGCGUAGCUGCCAAGCAGAGGGCGCGGCGGAGCAGGAGCCAGCGUCCGCGCCCCCCACAGCUGACCUGCCUCGCACCAACGAUGGAGAAAUCGAUUACGAUGCGCUGUAUGAAGAUGAAUCUGACAGCGACCUGGGCUCGAUGGAGAACCACGGCUCUGUUGUUACGCAUCUCCUGUCACAAGUCAAAAUCGGCAUGGACCUUACCAAGGUGGUGCUCCCUACAUUCAUACUGGAGCGGAGAUCGCUACUCGAGAUGUACGCGGAUUCGUUUGCACAUCCCGACCAGUUUGUCAAAAUAGUGGACAUGCCGUCCCCCAAGGAGCGCAUGGUGCAGGUGGUGCGCUGGUACCUGAGCUCGUACCACGCCGGCCGCAAGUCGCAGGUGGCCAAGAAGCCCUACAACCCCGUGCUGGGCGAGGUCUUCCGCUGCCACUGGGACCUCGACGGCGCUAACGAUUCACACAACUCCUCUACUGACAAGCUAGAAGUAGGCGACGGUCCCGUCCCCUGGUGCUCUCCGGAGCAACUCUCCUUUGUGGCGGAACAAGUGUCCCAUCACCCGCCGAUCAGUGCAUUUUACGCGGAACAUGUCAAUAAGAGGAUACAAUUCGAUGCCUGGGUGUGGACAAAGAGCAAGUUUCUAGGACUUUCUAUCGGUGUCCAUAAUAUAGGACGAGGUGUGGUCACCCUGUUGGACUAUGGAGAGGAAUAUACUGUCACCUUCCCUAAUGGAUAUGGACGAUCGAUCUUAACAGUACCAUGGAUAGAGUUGGGUGGUUCAGUGUGCAUCGAGUGUCCGCAGACGGGACACAAGGCCAACGUGGAGUUCCUCACGAAGCCUUUCUACGGCGGCAAGAAGCACCGCGUCAUCUGCGAGGUGUUUGCCGCCAACGAGAAGAAGGCGUAUUACACCGCACAGGGGGAGUGGAACACCAGGAUGGAUGGGAGGUGGAUGGAAUCCGGGCGUACCGAAGUAGUAUUCGAGGUGUCGAGUAUGAAGGCGCGGCGCAAGCGCGUGUCGCCGGUGUCGCGGCAGGCGGCGCACGAGUCGCGGCGCGUGUGGCGCCACGUGACGGCCGCCCUGCGCGCCGCGGACACGGAGGCCGCCACCGCCGCCAAGCGCCGUCUGGAGCAGGCGCAGCGCGACCUCGCCAAGCAGCGCCUCGACACCGGCGACAAGUGGGACACGCAGUUGUUCAGUCCUAAAGACGAAGGCUGGGAGUACAACACGCCGCUCAGUAAGCGCCUGGAGGCGGCCACCGGCACGCCGCAGCGCAAACACAACGACGCCAGAUAAUGGACCAAACGACUCUAUGUCUAUGAGAAUAAGGUAGAAAUUACUACGCCAUAGUUAUAUGUCUUAUUAAUACGAUUGACGCACCAACGUGACGCUUACAGUAGCCUCUUACAUUUGUAUGGACUUGAUAUGCUUGAGUAUAUUCAUUUAAUCUUACUUCUUACUAAUAUAAAUGUGAAAGUUUGGAUGGAUGGAUGUUUGUUAGAGUUUGUAGCUUAAACG